AUGUUCGCCCACCACCACCUCCUCCUCGCUACCGCCGCGGCAACGUUGGCGGCAGCUACGCCCUUGAAAGGCAUUUAUCCGCAAGACAAUGGAACGACCGGGAUCACUUGGGGACCUUGUGACUUCGAGAGCAAGACAAAUGCGACAAUCCAAUGUGGUUCUUUACCUGUUCCGCUCGACUAUAGCAAUCCCAAAUCCAACAGAACUUUGACCCUCCAAGUCGUCAAGGCUCCCGCCGUGAACGGCCCGUCGAAAGGGAGCAUCCUAUUCAACUUUGGAGGUCCUGGAUACCAAGCGAUUAAUUCUUUGGCUGAUACUGCCCCCUUACUCUUCAACAUGACUGGUGGCCACCACGACCUUGUUGCUUUUGAUCCACGUGGAACCGGAAGAUCAAUCCCAUACUCUUGUUACGACAAUGCAACCGAGAGAGAAUUAGCGGCCUUGAAGUAUCCGGGGAAGUUUGGCAAUAGCUCAGACGUAGGGCUAGGGGAAACUUGGGCUUAUGCUACAAUAUUGGCCAACCGAUGCGAGGAGAAGACAAAAGACAUCGGUAGCUUUAUAGGGACCUCCUUUGUGGCGAGGGACCUGAUGCAGGUUGUUGAUACACUGGGUGAGGAUGGCUUACUCAACUUCUGGGGUUUCUCCUACGGCUCACUACUUGGAGAGGUAGUGGCGGCAAUGUUCCCCGACCGGAUGGGACGUUUGAUCCUAGAUGGUGUGGUCAACGGAAACAACUACUACCACAACUUCGGCAUCGACAAAGAUCAAUUGCUGGCAGUCGAGGAUGCCUGGGACGCCAUGCUUGAGGAAUGCCUCAAGGUGUCUUCUGACCGUUGCGCUCUUGCGGAGGUGAACUCAACAGCCGCCGAGUUGAAGCAAACGUUGAGCAACCUUGUCCAACAAGUGAAAUACGCGCCAAUCGUUGUUGAUGAUUUCGUUCUUGACUACACAAGUCUUGUUGCGAUUUCCUAUGUCGCAAUGAAAAACCCAUCAAUAGCGCCCGCCGUGUUCAAGGUUCUGCACGACAUUUUAACGGGACAGGACCUUGCCUCUCUGGUUCCGUUAUUAACAGCCCAGGCUGCUAAUAUCGCAGUGGAUGGAGACGGCUUGUACGGAAUCAAGUGCAGUGACUCAUUUCCGCGAUCGUCCACCCUUGCAGGAGUGAUGUCCGAGAUCGAGUACGGGGUCAGCACAAGCCCCAACUUCUGGGGUAUUCUUACAACCCAGGUUAUCCAGUGUGCUCAGUGGCCAUUUGAGGCCAAGGAGCGGUACACCGGCGAUUUCAAGGUCAAGACCAAGAACCCCAUCCUGUUUGUCGGGAACUCAUAUGACCCUGCGACUCCGCCGCAUUCUGCCCGGAACAUGACCGCUUUCUUUGAGGACAGUGUGAUGUGGGAACAACAUGGAUUCGGCCAUACCACAUUGGCGGGCCGUUCGGAAUGCAGCUGGAAGAUCAUCCAGGAUUAUUUCAACGACGGAAAGCUACCAGAUCCCAACACUGUUUGCGAGACUGAAGUGGAUAUUUUCCCCGAAACGCCUCGAGCAUAG